CAAUUUUAUCUCAUGAAACCCAUCCAGUAAAGAAUACUGUGAAUAACGAAACACAGCCUACACCAGCCUUAUUUUUAACUAAAUCGUCGGUUUUCCUUAAAUUUUUUGACAGUUUUGCCUGAAUCAUAUUUUUAAUAGCUUUUGAGGAAAAAUAGUGUUAACAAAAGGAAAAAACAGCGCUGAGCGAAACACUAGCCCGGGAAUUUACUCCGAGGCAGCAUGGCCAAUCGUUCAACGUUAAUAAUAUCAAUAAUUUUCAUUGCUGUUUUGUUAUUUCCAGAAUCUGAUGCUGGACUUAUUAAUAGUGCUAUAAGCACCUUCAUAUCAGGCGCAGAAUACUUCCUGAAAAGCGCGACGAGCAUUAUCAAAGAAAUCAUCAAUCCUCCCAGGAACAGCAACUCUUCUAUCCAGUACGCCCUGUUCACUCCGGACUCGCCCCAAGAGCCAUGCUACCUGGAACAAAACAAAGAAGCACUCGAACGUUGCCCCUUCAAUUCGACAUAUCCUCUCAAAAUAUUAAUCCAUGGUUUUUUAGUGGAAAAUCCUCCAUUGUUUGAUAUGAAAAACAAAAUGCUAGAAUUAUAUAAAUACAAUGUUAUACUUAUGGAUUGGACUAGAUACAAUCAACCACCUUAUCUACUGUCUGCUAUAAACACACUUGUGAUCGGGCAUGAACUGGCGAAUUUUAUUCAGUUUUUGGAAAAUACAAAGGGAGUCGACCCAAAGAACGUUCAUCUGAUUGGGCACAGCCUCGGAGCACACGUGUCAGGAGUGGCUGGCAAAGAAACGCCGAAUUUAGGACGGAUAAGCGGUUUGGAUCCAGCUUUUCCACUUUUUUCAUCUAAAUCGAUACUUCAUCGAUUGACCUACACUGAUGCUGAUUUUGUCGAUGUCAUUCAUACCAGCACUUCUCUUCUCGGUUUUGGAAUUGGAGACCCGAUUGGACAUCAGGAUUUUUAUCCAAACGGCGGUUCCGAGCAGCCAGAAUGUGUGGCCGAUAAAGAUUCAGAAAUUCUAAAAUACGACGAAACACGUGAAGGAGAAAAUUUAGACGGUUCUAUAAGAAUCGAUGUGAAUGUAUGCGAUCAUUCAGCAGCCUCUAUGUUCUAUAUGGAAUCCAUCAACCCAGCCGAAUGCAUUUUCCUGUCGGUCAUGUGUGACAGCUACAAAGAUUUCCAGGCAGGAAUUUGCUCGAACAGUUCGAACCUCUUGACAAAAAUGGGAUUACCCGCAAAACCCAUUCCGGGGCUGGGUCCGACAACAGAAUUCUACUUGAGAACCGGUGAAAAAGCGCCAUAUUGCCUGGAAGAUGGUUACGAGCCCGAGUAAAUACAACGCACAUGUCAGACUCACAGCUCACAAUGAAGAUUCUGACAUGCACCAACUGUGGUAUCUUUCACCUUCAUUCUAUAGUAAAUUUUCCAAAAUUAUCAAAAAUUGAUUUUAUUGUUGCUUAAUUUUGCACGAAUUUAUGACUUUUCCAUUGACAAAAGAUUCUGGCGUGAAAGAUAGAUACGAACUCGAAUAAAUUCUACGUAGAUGCCAAACUCGCAGCUCACAAUGAAGAUUGUAAGACUUUAUCGUCUGUGGUUUCAUUCUGCUGUAAAUUUCCCAAAGUUAUAAAAAAUUGAUUUUAUUGUUGCUUAAUUAUACACGAAUUUAUGACUAUUCCAUAUACAAAAGAAAUCUCUUUUUAUUCUACUCUGUAAUAUUCUAUUCUACUA